AGCAGCUCUCCAGAACUGCAUGGGUGCCACAGGAGUACACGUCUCUUCUCUUGUCAACUUGUCAUCUCUUCAUCAUGAUAAACACCUUUCACAGUAGCUACAAUCCCCCACCGGUGCCUCCACGGACAGGAUACAGCAAACCCCAGCCAGUGGGCAACUCGCCUUUAGUCAAGUUUCUGUCAGUGAUGCUACUGCUCUUAAUGAUACUGACCAUUGGAGGCUUCCUCUACCUGUUCCAGAAACUCAACAUGCUCCAGGGCAGUUAUCAGGAAGACAUGACAAGCCUACAGAGACUACAGGACUGUGCGGAUAGCAGUAUGGACUCAAUGACAGAAUGUGGCAAACUGAUGGAAAAAUAUAAAGCUGCCAUAGCAAAGGUUUCACAAGCAAAUGAAAAAUUGUCGAAGUUAACUGGAGGGCCACACGUCAUUGGACCAGCUGCACACAUGACUGCUCUGAGCGAACAUAAAGAUAAGAAUUCUGACUUCUUGAAGACAAACAGUCUUCUUUGGGAUGAAGAGCAAUCGCUGGUACAGGACGUACGGUUUAGCAACAAACGGGACAAGUUGACCAUUCAGUAUCCCGGAAUCUAUUUCAUCUACUCCCAAGUCACCUUCUCCAAACCUUCUACUUCUUUUGGAUUAAAGCAAUCCAUAAGGAGCAUAGACCCCAAGACACAGGAUGUCAAGGAGCUACUCAAGUCUUUUUGCAGUUUGGACCCAGACGCAUCAUCAGAUUUGUGUACAGCCUCUCUGUCAGGGGUGUUCCGUUUAGAGAAAGACCAACAGCUCUAUGUUACAGUUGCAAACACAUCCUUGGUGAACCGGAACUCCUGCAGCUUUGGAUUAUUCAAAUUGCAGUGAAGAAGACUCUGGAACUGAAAUGUGGGAGAUUGGGGAGAUGGAUCAUACGAGACAGAUGGAUCAGGGCACUAUUAAUAAAUGGAGAAUUAUACAGGGAUGUGCACGACAUCUGAAAAAGACCAGCUCCAGGGAAAGUCAUUGCACCACCAGGAAGUUGUCAACCUACAACACUCUCUCUAUGCUGUACAUUUACUCCAUCCACAUGUAUAUAGUGUUCCUGUGGCUCAGUGAUAUAGCAUUGCGUUCGCAGCACAAAAGGUUGUGUGUUCAAUUCUCAGAGAACACGUUAGGUUAAAUAAAAAUAAUAAUAAUUAUAUAUAUAUAUAUAUAUAUAUAUAUAUAUAUAUAUAUAUAUAUAUAUAGUCUGAAUGCGCUGUCAGUUGCUUUGGAUAAAAGCAUCUGCUAAGUGCAUAAAAAUAUAAAUGUAAUUACAAAUUUAACCUGAUAAGAAUUUGGUGUUUGUAUGAACUUAUUUAUUAUCUCCUGUAGUUUUCCUGUUUAUGAUCUGCUCUUCUUUUAUUAUGUCCUCUACUAUUGACAUAAUAAAAUUAUAUUUAUUUAUCAUAACCCUGACAGUUAUAAUUGACGGUUGAUUCUUGUUUAAAGUCCUUUUAAAGAACAGUACAACAACUUCAACUGUUCUUUAUACCCAUCUAUCAAUCACCUUUAUAUACACACACACACACACACACACACACUCAUUCAUACAAAUAUAUAUAAACACACCAAUAUAAGUAUAUUAUAAAUAUACAUUAUGUGGGUUAUAUAUUAACAUAUAUAAUUAACUUUGAAUAAGAGAGCCAAAAUGUUUAUUUCCCCUAAACAUUACACUAUUCCUCUAGACAUUCAUAUAUUUUUAAUGUUAUUACCAAUGUUUCUAAUUGGUCAUGAGUGGUGUAAGUGUUUCCUAAUAUAGUAGAUUGUGGUUGUGAGAAGCUCUAUUCUUAAAGUUUGGAAACUACGGUAUAGGAAGAGGUCGAAGAGAAAGACGCACCAAUUCAGUUUUUAACUUCAAUUUUUAAAACACGACCUUGACCUGACUACUGCUGUGCCAAUUUCACAGCAUUCCAUGGAAACAGUGAGUUUUAGGUGACAAACGCAUGCUCGUUUGAGCCACGUGGAUGCCUCUGCUCACAGGAAGCUGUCAACCUACUACUCUCACUCUAGCCUAUACUACAUUCACAUGUGUGUGUAUAUAUAUAAAAACACCAGAUCAAAAAUACUUCACAGGUACUUCCUUCGGAUUUCACAAGGUGGAAUUUCCUUGUAUGU